CGUCGCUGACUGGGAAGAUUAUUUGUUUUUAGUUCUCGACGUUCCGUGUAAUGAAAAAUAGGGCGUAAUACUACAAUCUCCAGCAUGCUAUGCGGUAGUAUGAUAUCUUAAUGGGUGGAGGUGAAGUUCAGACGUAUCUGGAUUUACAGCUCCGGGAAAAGAGUCAAUGUCACUUUAUUUAAAGUCAGUUUUGGUGGUAUGUGUUAAAUAGAAAGGGUGCUUAAAAGAUGUCCGCUAAUUCCAGUGAUAGUGAAGGAUCUUCAGGCUGGACGAUCAUUAACAAUGAGGGUUCUGAUACUGAGACAUUAGGAUAUGAAAAUGGUGGAGUAGAACAUGACCAAAGUGUUUCAGAAGGACCUCCACCUCAGAAGGAGGAAGAAACCGCAGAUGGAUCCUUGGAAUUGAAAACUGAAGAUAACAGUGUAGCAGGAUCAUCCAUAGAAGUCAUUCCAGUCCCAGUGAUUUCAGACAUUGAAGCUACUCCUGAGGUGCAUGAAGAAAAACUGGAUUUUGAAAGCAGUGUCUGCGCUUGUGCAGCAAGUGAUGACUCUGACAUUGUUACUCUGGAAUCACUUCCUGUUGAGGAAAUAGGACAGCAGGAAUGCGAGAGCCCUGUUGAAGAAAUUGUAGGCCUUGAUGAGUACAAUUUGGGAUCAUCUUCUAGCAGCCAAUAUAACUUUAGUGCACCCAAAAUUGCAUUCACAUCUGAGAUCAGCGCAGAUGAAUCGAGCAGCGAUGAGAGUACUGACAAGCCAUGUUCUUCAGUAAGAAAGAGACGACUUAGGAGUAGUGUAGAGUCUAGCACUGAAACAGAGGUGAGACCAGAUGGUGAACAUGAAGUACAGCAACAGCGACAACAGCAGGGUCAAUUUAGUAGCACUCUGAACAAGUGCAUUUUAAUUGCCCUGGUGGUUGCAAUCAGCAUGGGAUUCGGGCAUUUUUAUGGAACAACACAGAUUAAAGAACGCCAGAGGUUAUUUGAAAAGAUUCGUACACUUCAAAUCAGUGAUGUGAAGGAUGAUGUCUUUGAGGAAGACAAUGAGGGGAGCAAGGAAUCAUUUCAACAGCUGGCUGAAGAUCUAGAGGAAAAGAGAGAUAUGGUGGUGUCGCUGACUGCGCUAAUGAGUACAAUCACUAAAGAAAACCAGCAACUUAGACUUAAGAAAAGUGAGCUACAGUCACAUACAGAAGACCUUGAAGUUCGACUGAAACAAACUGAAGUGGAAAAGCAGUCCCUUGAAUCCCAACAGCAAGGUCUUAAGCUUGAUAAUCAACAGUUAAAAAAUUCCCUGGAGCUAGAAGAAAGGGCUUUAUCUUCCCUACAGGAAGAGUUACGGAAGCUAAGGGAACAAAUCAGAAUCUUGGAGAGUAAAGGGGCAGGUACUGAAUCAAUUCUUGCAGAGAAUCAGAAGCUGAAAGACCACUUAGAAGAAGAAAAGCAACGAAUCUGGAACUUUGUAAAUCAGAAAGAGACCCUUGUAGCUGAAGCACAGAUGUUAAGAAGAGAACUUGAUAAAGAGCGUAAAAUAACUCAAGACUUGAAGGAUAAACUGGAACAGUUGAGCAAUUCUCAGCCUGUAGCUGAUACAGAAGAAGAACUAAAAACAAGCGAAGAGACAGGUGAGCUACAUGCUCGUCUAAGUGAGCUAGAAAGGAAGCUGACCUUUGAACAGCAUCGGUCUGAUCUCUGGGAAAGACUUUAUCUUGAAGCUAAAGAGCAGAAGGAGGAUUCAGGUGCAAAGAAUUAUUGGGAAAAGCAAGGCCAAGGGAAAAAAUCCAAGGAAACUUUGUUCAGCACUGUUCAAGAUACAUUUGACGCUGUGAAGAAUUCAACGAAAGAAUUUGUGAAACAUCAAAAGGAAAAGAUAAAACAGGCCAAAGAAGCUGUGAAAGAAAAUUUAAAAAAAUUCACAGAUUCAGUAAAAUCGACUUUUAGACAUUUUAAAGAUUCUACAAGAAAUUUAUUUAACCGAAACAAAGGUAAGAAAUUUGGUCAAAAGCAACAGAAGACAAAAAAAACAAUGGAUGACUGCCAUAAAAGUGAUGAAUGUGCUCAAAAAUAUGAGAAGCAUCACAAAGCAGAUAAGCAGAAAGACUCCUGGAAGUUUAAGCACAAGAUUUCACCUUUCACACAGACUAAUUAUAAAGAAACAGGAAAGCACGAUACAGAGGAUCUUCAGUCAUCUGCACAAAAUGAAAAUUGGAAAUGCAGCCCAGGGCAUUCUUGCAGCAAACAGGAUGAUGCUUAUAUGAAAUCACAGAAGGGCUGCUCUGGGGUAUUUGAAUGUGCUCAUCAAGAAUCUAUGAGUCUAUUUAAUAAAGCUCUUGAUCCCAUAAAAGCAGAUGAGUUUAGUCAACUACUGCAGGCUUAUGUAAUGCAAGAAGUGGAUAAUUUCCAUCACUGGGCAGAAUUACAAAAAUUUAUCAGCAGAUUUUUUCACAAUGGCAUAUUCAUACAUGAUCAGAUGUUGUUCACUGAUUUUGUUAAUGAUGUUGAAGAUUACCUUGAAGACAUGAAGGAAUAUCAGAAGGGUAGUCAUGAUGUAUUUGAAGAUUUGGAUGAUUACGUAUACAAGCAUUUCUUUGGAGAAGCCUAUGGACCAAGUCAGCCUUACGAAAGGCCACCUUUCAAACAGAGGGAGGGUCCAAGACAUCGAAAACAUAAGUGGAAGCAGCAGUCCCAGCCUCCCUAUAAAAAGGAAAGUAAAUGGAGUAAACCUGGACGACAUGGGCGACAGAUGGCAAAUGUGGAAAUAAAGUUAGGCCCAAUGCCUUUUGAUCCAAGAUACUAGAAGCAUGGCCUGUGUUAUAUUUGUGAUUGGCUCAAAGUAGAUUCUAGUGUUGUAUUGUGGUCACUUUUGAAACUUCUCUGAUUUUCAGACUUUUUUGUGUGUUUAUCAGUGUGCAAGCACUCACCAAACCCUUCAUAUUUGCUUGUUGUGUAAUUUUCCUUUACUGGAUCUUUGACAAGAAAGUGGCACACAUGAUACAAAAAUGCCUUAGGACAGAGCACAUAGUGAUUAUGCUGCAGUUUUGUGUUUGUAUUUUAGCAUUGUGGCUGCUGAUACUGAAUUAAUUGCAAGUUAUGACAGUCGUGUUCUUUGUUGGAUAAUAAUUGUGAGGAGAUUAUAUUCAUGGUACUUACUGUUCAUUUUGCUGUACCAAAUCUAGUACUGAAGGAACUAAUUUGUGAAUGUAUCUGCUAAAAAAAACA